UCAGCGAAUAACUCACUCAGGUCGAAACUCAGCGUUCAGCUGUAGUUUAUCAAUAAAACAAGAUGAUGAAGUCGUUUAUCGCUGUUUUUACUCUCUUUUGCCACGUAGCAUUUCCAGUAAAACACUCGCUGAAGUUCAUGUUCACCGGGUCGUCUGGAGUGCCAAAGUUCCCAGACUUUUUGGGUGUUGUGAAUGUUGAUGAGACUGAGAUGGUUUACUGGGCCGGCAACAUCCAAAACCUCCCACAACCAAAACAAGACUGGCUGAAAAUCUUCAAGGAAAAACAUUCAGAGCUCAAAUAUUUGCACAGUCACUGCAUCGAUGAACAAACAUUCUUCAGAAAAAACAUCAAGGAUCGGAUGAAGCAUCGCAGUCAGACUGGAGGUGUCCACACCUUUCAGAGGCUAUACGGCUGUGAAUGGGAUAAUGAGACUGAAGAGAAUAAUACUUUUGAUCAUUUUGGCUACGAUGGAGAAGACUUUGUCGCAGUCAGCCAGAAGAUGGGCACGUGGACAAAUGUCAACCAACGCAAUCUGGACAAUGAAAAAAAGCACAUUCAAAGCUUCCUCACCACAGUGUGUUUGGACAAGCUGAAGAAGUAUCUGGACUACGGGAGGAGCUUCCUGCAGAGAACAGAUCUUCCCUCAGUGUCUCUCCUCCAGAAGACUCCCUCCUCUUCGGUCAGCUGCCUCGCUACAGGUUUCUACCCCGACAGAGCCAACUUGUCCUGGAGGAGAGACGGAGUGGAGCUUCUUGAGGACAAAAACCUCAGACUGAUCCUCCCCAAUCAUGAUGGAACCUUCCAGUGGAACGUUGUCCUAAACCUUUCAGUCAAACCUGAAGACUGGAUGAGGUUUGACUGUGUGUUUCAGCUGUCUGGUGUCAAAAACAGCAUCAUCGUUAAACUGGACAAAACUGCCAUCAAGACCAACAGAGAUUACUACAUCUGUAAGACUCCUGAUGAGACCAACACCCACAUCAUUGUUGCAGCGCUUGUUUUUACCAUUUUCCUCAUCGUUAUCCUCAUAUUCAUCGUAUACAAAACUUUGACAGAUUCAGAUGACUAUCAGACACUGCCGCCAAGUAAUCAUUUAAAAUAUCUCUCUAUUGCUGCACUGAUUGUUGCUCUCAUCCUCAUCGUUUUACAUGGAAUCCUGUUUUACAUAAACAAUGAAGAUUUACACAUCAACCUUCCAUCUGAUAAUGUGUCAAAAUGGAGCGAGCCAUUAGCUGGAAAUCAAUGGAGGAUUUAGCACUAAAUACAAUCACAAGAGCUGGACUCUCUGUGGACUAAAGCUGAGAACAGAGAAGACAUCACUCCAGUCAUCCAUCCAUUGUCUAUACACCGCUUAAUCCUCACUCGGGUCACGGGGGGCUGGA